UGAGGGCGAGGAGGAGAUGUGAUGCUGCUGCUGUUUCCUGCUGCCAUUUCCUCCGCGGAUCCUCACGGAAAUAUCAUCAACAGUCUGAUAAAGCUGCAGCUCGGAUCAUCAAUCGGUUUGCAACAGGCUGCUUUAAUCUGUCAUUUUAAAAGAUACACAUGUUGAUGGUGGAUAGGAGGCCGGGUUAAUAUGAUGCAUGUUUGUGGUGGGUUAUUCCUGUAACACAACCACCGCUGCUGGAGGAUCCUUUUAAGAAGACCUAAUCAUCGAUAUGGGGUUUGCUUUUUACAGCUACUGAGCCAUUAACUUUAAGAUUUUAUCAAGGUGAGACAUGGAGACAAUAUGGCUUUAUCAGUUUCGUCUGAUCGUCAUCGGAGACUCUACGGUGGGCAAGUCGUGUCUGAUCCGGAGGUUUACUGAGGGCCGCUUCGCCCAGGUGUCCGACCCCACGGUGGGGGUGGACUUCUUCUCCCGCUUGGUGGAAAUCGAGCCGGGCAAAAGAAUCAAACUGCAGAUCUGGGACACUGCGGGACAGGAGAGGUUCAGGUCCAUCACCAGAGCGUACUACCGUAACUCAGUGGGCGGGCUCUUACUCUUUGAUAUCACAAACCGCCGCUCCUUCACAAAUGUCCACAACUGGCUGGAGGAGGCCCAGAGCCACGUCCAGCCGCACAACAUCGUCUUCCUGCUGGUCGGGCACAAGUGUGACCUGGAGGCUCAGCGGCAGGUGAGCCAGCAGGAGGCGGAGAAACUGGCGGGGGCGUACGGGAUGCGUUACGUGGAGACAUCAGCACGAGAAUCCAUCAAUGUUGAGAAGGCGUUUGUGGAUCUGACGAGGGACAUCUUUGCGCUGGUACAGAGCGGAGACAUCAAGAUCCAGGAUGGCUGGGAGGGCGUAAAGAGUGGAAUUGUCCCCAACACCGUCCACUCCUCAGAGGAGGUCACCAAGGGCAACCGACAGUGCUACUGCUGAUUCCCCUGCUGCAGCAUGAGGGGCUGACAGAUAACUUCAGAGGACUCUGUCUGAAGGAGCUCUCUCUCCGGCCUUGGCUGCACGCAGACCACUUUUUUGGAGACUCGUGAUAUUUUCCCCACUCAGUUACACACCUUAAUUCUAUAAAUAAGACAUUGUUUAAUCCUUCUGGUGCCUGUUUUGGGCUCUUUGUUGAUAGAAGCACAAGCAGCAUCCUAACCCUGUUUCCUGUUCUGUGUGCAUGUGACUGUAAUAAUCCUGCAGACCCUCAACACUUCAGCUUUACUGCACAUUCAGCCUUUCCUACAGUUAUACUCCCAUAGGCAGUUAUCUGUUGUUGGCACAUGUCUCUUAAAGACUGAUACCAUCAAUGUAAUGUGAUUUAUUUUUUAUUUAAACCUGAAUCAGUGAUGCCGAGACUGAGCCAUGCCUCUUCCUUUUCAUGCGUAAUACUCUGAACAUAUAGCAACCUUGUAUAGAUAGGCAGUGAGAGAGACAGAAAAAAGAUCUUCACUGAUCUUACUGCACUUCAAAUCCUAGUGACUUUAAUACAUAAAGAGAGCAAAGGGUAAUGAAGUCAAAUUGAACCAAAGUAUGACACCUGGCUGGACUCUUUUUUAUGUUUUGUGGUUUGAAGGAGUUUGUGCAAAUGUAGAAAAGGAAAAGCUACUGUAGCUGCUCACUGCUAAGCAUUAUAACCUGAUCAUAGUAAGGAUUUUUAUUAAUUAAAGUUUAAUACAACUACUGUGUUAGUUUACUGGUCAGCAUCUUAAAACCUUUAGUAUGGAAAACCCAAGGUGUUCAAUAUUUAUUAGAGAACAUAAUGAUAAUGUGCCUAUAUGUAAAAUACCUAGGAUAAAUUAACCAACCAUUAAACAACUUUUUUAAAAAUGUCUUUAGUUGAUAAUGGCAAUGUUAUCAAAUGUUCCCUUGCAUAUUUUAUUAUUAUUAUCAUUUUGUCCUAUAGACUAACCCUAAUUUUAAUAACAGCUUUUGUGCUAACUUAAACAAUGUGAUCGGCUAAAAGAUAUUUAACACUUUGGGGCUUCGUACUUUUGGAAACUGAUUUCAAAAGUCUGUUUAAACAUAUUCACAAUUAACGUUCUGGUCACAAUCUCCUCUCACACCUAUGCCUAUUCAUUGAAUUCAAUAAAUCAACUUUAAUCAAUGCAUGCCUCCAUUUUAACCCACAUUUUCCAAAGAAUAAAUCAUAUUUUUAUUUUUGAUAUAAUGUUAAUAGCCUUUCAUUCAGUACCUGGGAUCUCAUCAGAAAAAGCAGAGUUAAUGAAGAUACAAAACUGUAUGUGAAACACUGACAUAUUUGAAAAAUGUGGAUUUUUUGAACCCAAUGCAGUUGCUCAGACUGUAGAUUGUUGGCAUUAAUAUUCACUAAUUCAACAGUUUAGGAAUAAAGAAGAGUGAGUUCAUUCAGCGACUUCCCCCCUACCCGACUUGUAAAGCGACCUUGGGUUUCUAGAAAGGCGCUAUAUAAAUGUUAUGUAUUAUUAUUAUUAUUAUUAUUAUUAUCAUUAUUAUUAUUAUUAUUAGUGUAACCGUCCAGUAGAAGAGUCUCCUUCGAGUGCCUUUUGGAGGAAUGAAGCCUAACUAGCAAACAUAGAUAAAACUGUGGGUUUAUCCUGUAAAUAUUAAAAUCUAAACUGUAGGGUGGCAGGAAACACACUGGUAUCACAUUACACACAACCUGUAAAUAAUUUGUUUGAAACCAAACCCUGACAAAGCUGACUGUUCGAUGUUGUUGUGACUCUGGGAUUAUUAUAGCACAAGUGUUAUCAAUAAUUAAUGCCUGGAGACAUGAAUAAAGAUUUGCGUUGUGCACAAAAUCGGAGGUACA